AUGCAACGAAAAAGAGCCACAGAAAAAGAAGAUUUAGUACUGGACUCGGCAUCAGUGCUGGAAUUCACGAAUUUAGGAGCAGGAAAUGAAGUAGGACGAUCAUGUCAUGUUAUACAUAUCAAAGGAAAAACAGUUAUGCUUGAUGCAGGUGUUCAUCCAGCGUAUAAUGGGAUUGCAGCACUCCCAUUUUAUGAUGAAAUUGAUAUGAGCACGGUGGAUAUUCUUCUUAUUAGCCAUUUUCACGUGGAUCAUGUUGCAUCUCUCCCAUAUGUGAUGACUAAGACAAAUUUCAAAGGAAGAGUAUUUAUGACUCAUCCUACAAAGGCGAUCUAUAAGUGGUUACUUACAGAUUUCUUAAGAGUCAGCAAUACAACAGCAGAAGAGCAGUUAUAUGAAGAAAAAGAUUUGAUAAAAUCUCUUGAAAAAAUAGAAGUAGUUGAUUAUCAUUCAACAAUUGAAGUGAAUGGUGUCAAAUUUACACCAUAUCAUGCAGGACAUGUGCUUGGUGCAGCAAUGUUUUUUAUAGAAGUAGCAGGAAUUAAAAUACUUUUUACAGGAGACUAUUCGAGAGAAGAAGAUAGACAUCUCAUACCCGCAGAAGUUCCACCAAUACAACCGGAUAUAUUGAUAACGGAAUCAACAUAUGGUACGGCGUCUCAUCAACCUAUAUCUGAAAAAGAAUCUCGACUAACCAGUAUAAUUCACUCAAUUAUUCGUAGGGGAGGACGAGUUUUAAUACCCGUAUUCGCACUUGGGAGAACACAAGAACUAAUGUUAAUUAUUGACGAAUAUUGGCAUAAUCAUCCCGAGCUUCACUCUAUUCCAGUUUAUUAUGCAUGUAGUUUAGCUAAAAAAUGCAUGACAGUAUAUCAAACGUAUAUAAAUACAAUGAAUAGUAAAAUUAGGAAAAUAUUUGAAGAAAGGAAUCCUUUUAUAUUUAGAUAUAUCAGUAGUUUAAAAUCACUUGAUCGCUUUGAAGAUAUUGGGCCUUGUGUAAUGCUUGCAUCACCUGGAAUGUUACAAAGUGGUGUUUCUAGAGCUCUUUUGGAAAAAUGGUGCCCUGAUCCAAAAAAUGGUCUAAUAGUUGCAGGAUAUUGUGUUGAGGGAACUAUGGCAAAACAUAUUUUAAACGAACCUUCGGAAAUCAUAUCACUUUCUGGUCAAAAAAUACCUAGAAGAAUGACUGUUGAAGAAAUAUCGUUUGAAGCACAUGUCGACUAUAUACAAAAUAGUCAAUUUAUUGAUCUUAUAAAUGCAAACCAUAUUAUUCUAGUACAUGGUGAACAAAAUAAUAUGGGUAGACUAAAAAGUGCACUCCUAAGCAAAUAUUCACACAGAAAGAACGAAGUUCAUAUUUAUAAUCCCAAAAAUUGUGAAACAUUAAAACUUACAUUUAAAGGAGACAAAAUAGCAAAAACAAUAGGACAUAUAGCAGAAACUCCUCCAGAAAACAAUCAUGUCAUUAGUGGGAUAAUGGUUCAAAAGGAUUUCCAAAUUAGCAUUAUGUCUUCAGAAGACUUAAAAGAAUUUAGUGGACUUACAACAAGCGUUAUUAUGCAGCGUCAAACUCUUUCUUUUAAUGCAAGUAUUAAUAUUUUGCAUUAUCAUCUUGAACAAAUGUUUGGAGCUAUUGAAGACCAAAUAGACGAAAAUAAUAACAGAUUGUUCAAAGUUAUGAAUAUAGUAUCAGUAAGAUGUCUCCAAAAAAACAUUAUUUCACUAGAAUGGCCGGGAAAUGCACUUAAUGAUACGAUUGCAGAUUCAGUCCUUGCAAUCAUUCUUGCAGCAGAAAACAGUCCGGUUUCUAUAAAAUUAGCAUCAUGUUCAGAUGGAAACCACUGCUUACAUACGGGUUUUGACUAUAAAGAGAAGAAAAACAGAAUAGAGAUGUUCUUAAAAUCACAGUUUGGUCAGUCACUUGUUGUUAAUGAUGAUAUUUUUGAAAUUCAUAUUGAUCACCAUAUUGCCAAAAUCAAUUUAGAAACGUUUGAGGUAGAAUGUACCUAUGAACCCUUAAGAAGUCGAGUAUCACAUGUUCUUGGAGGAGCCAUUGCAACUAUUACUCCAUUUGUCGAGCCUUUCACUGAAAAUAAUAUAAAAACAAACGAUAUAGAAAAAGAAUAA